AUGAUCCUCUCGGUCGCGAAGCAGCUCUCAGUCCCUUCAUUGCACCCCUCGUCUUCACUUGCUCAGCGCAUAGCGCCUCAGUCACUCCCUUCAUCAUCUCGCCUCCCAAACCAACGUCGCUGCUUCCAUGUCACACAACGAAGACUAGAUUUCCACUUUGAUACCCACCAGUUUGUGCAGCGGCUAGAACGCGAAGGUUUGAAUCGUGCUCAAGCGGAAGGCAUCAUGACUGCUAUGGCUGAAGUCAUCGAUGAGAGUAUUCGGAACAUGACGAGUAACAUGGUGACGAUAGCCGAUCAAGAGAAGCACCAUUACACACAGCAGGUCGACUUCGCCCAGCUCAAGUCCGAACUUCAGCUUAUGGAGAAGAAUGAGAUUGCGAUGGUCAAGGCCGAGAACGACCGCUUAAUGACAGACAUCGAGAAGCUGAAGCAGCGACUACGCGAGGAAAUUACGCGGACGCAGGCAGGUGUGCGCCUCGACCUGAACCUCGAGAAGGGACGAAUGCGCGAAGAGAGCAGUAAGCAAGAGCUAAAGAUCAAGGAGGUCGACACGCGCAUAGAGCAGGAGAUUGCUUCGCUUCGUACAUCAAUACAGGCGUCCAAGGCAACAACGUUGCAAUACCUUGUCGGUUUCGUCACUGGUUGUUCCGCGUUGUUGAUGGCCUACCUGCGGUUCCGGGUCUAG